ACGCCCCUUGCCUCCCGAGUCCCGACAGCUUGGCUUUUUCGCGCUGGGCGCUCCGCCAAGGGGAAAAAUCGAGAAUAAAAGGGCUGGCGUCGACGAGGUUGUUUCCCCAGCCCGGUGCUCCCAUUCCCCUCUACACCCCGCAGCAAAGGCCGGUUCCUUUCUGCAGCGCACUCCCUUCUCCCACUCGUCCAAUCAAUCAAUCCCUCGUCGCUCGUCGCCAUGUCCAUCCUCUCCAAGUCGUUCGCCCUUUUCCUGCUCGUCAGCAGCAUCGUCGUCUCUGUGGAAGGCAACCCCACGCCUACCAUCACAAUUGGGUAUCGGGUGGUCAACAAGGACGCAGCCGAGGCCUACAAAAAGAACGGCAACAAGCUCAGCUUUUUGCCUAGCGCUGGCGGGCAGCAACUCGGUCAUGGUGCCUACGUCUCUCCAGGUCCAGGAGAGUGGCCAGGCCAGAUGCAAUGCUGGAUCACAGCCAAGGCCAGCGAGUGGAACAACGCCCCCAAGGUCUGGAUCCCUCAGACGGGGAUCGAGUCGAUCAACAACGGCAAAGCCAUCUGCGGCACCCCACUCUUUUGGCAGAAGAACUCGGCCUAUCGGGAGGACUACAUCAAGAAGAAGGGCGCCACCCCCGGCAAGGCCGUAUUGUUCUCGCACAUCGAGCUUGAUCCCAAGAAGGAACCAGGGCCUGCAGUGCAGAUGUUGAUCCCACCAGGGGUUGCCAAUGACCCCAAGUACGACAUCCGCAUCUUUUGCUUGCCUCCGAACGACCCCAAAAUCCCGAAGGAGCGUAUUUCAUGGCAGUCCUGGGGUAUCAGGGAGUACGGCCAAGAGUGUCGUCCUCAGUCUGGUGGCGGCUCUUCGUCAAGAAGCCCUUCUCCGGCUGGGAGCGGAAGUCGAAGCUCAACACCCCCACCCAAGGCCGGUCCCUCGAAAGGUUCGCCCAAACCAGGCUCCAAGUCACCAUCGCCUGGCCCCAGCAAGAAAGUGAAGCGCGACUUGUCGUCAUAUCUCGAUUUGGAAACCCGGGCUAUGCUCGCUUUGGAGAGACGCGUCUUGCAGCGACGCGCAUUGAGACGUGCUCUAGAAGACGAGGUCUACAAUUGA